UCUUCUUCAAAACUCCGGCGAGUAUUGUUUUGCAAGUUCACCGGUCGAGGGCUACGAUUGGAAAUAUGAAUCUUUUUAUUGUCCUGGUGGUGGUAUCGGUGUUCUUAAACUUCAUUCAAGCAGCACCGAGCGUGGACAUUUCUAACGACGAAUUGAUGGAUGGCAAAUAUCUAUGUGAAGCCGGCUCAAAGAAGUACGAUGGACCAUUUAUAGUUAGAUUGAUUUCCGCGGCAAACGGACAAACAGUCGUUUGCUACGAAUGCAGCCAGUCCGAAUUCAAGGCAAAGUACACCGUGAAGCCCUGCGGAGAUCGGUUUAUACCUGGAAAAAUGGGAUCAAGCCACCACAGAGACAUGCUGCCGUACCUGGUGAGGAUGGAUCCGAUGUACAAGGACACCUGGAGCAGUAAGCUCAAAAGAAACUUUGAUGAAAUCGACAAGGCCUCCGCCAGCUUCAGCAUUCUCAACCAACUCGUCUAGUGAUACCUACUCAAACCAUUUCAAAUGCUCACGGAUACGGAUACGGAUACGGAUACGGAUACAGAUAGGGAUACGGAUACCGAUCGAAACGCGAAUGUACUCUAAAAAUGCUUCAUGUCAAGGGAAUAUAGAAUAGAAUAAACAACGUGCAUCCUCAUACACCUACUAUGAAUAAAACAAUUGACUCUGUUAUUAA